GAGGGAGGGAGGGAGGGAGGGAGAAAGUUUAGGAAAGACACUCCUCUCUGCCUCUCUUUCCCUUUUAACCAAGGCAUGUUGCAGCCUGUGGGCCAGGAUGCAAUGCAGUUUAUUAUGAACAGAGCUAACAGAGACCAUCACACAAGGGAAACACUGUGAGACUGAGAAGAGAGCAGCAGUUGGAUAAUUGAAUCUCACACUCAUCCAAGAGAGACAUCAAGUCCUGGAAAGGAUCACACCUCCUUCUAGCAUGCCCGGAUCCAAUGGCACAGAAUAUGGCUUAGGACACAAAGAUGACAGCCCUGUGAGCAACGACAACGCCACAGUCCUGGGUGCUCUGAUCCUCAGCUUGGUCUUCCUUGUGGGCGUCCCUGGCAACCUCUUCAUUGCCUGGAGCAUCCUGGCACGCAUCAAACAGCGCUCGGUCACCACCCUCCUCAUCUUCAACCUGGCGUGUGCCGACGGCUUCCUCAUGGCCAUCACAAUCUUCUUCAUCGUCUACCUGGCCAAACAAACGUGGGUUUUUGGUGAAGCCAUGUGUAAAGCCCUGUUCUACCUGUGCAACACCAACAUGUACGCCUCAAUCUUCAUGAUCACGCUGAUGAGCGUGCACAGGAUGAUGGUCGUAGUGUUGCCAAGGAGAGUGUCCUUCAAAGUCAGCAGGAAGAUUAUGAAGCGAGUGAUCGUAGGCACGUGGGCAUUGGUGAUGGUCAUUUCUAUCCCUUCACUGGUGUUUCGAGGGGUGAGAGAGGACAAUGACGAUGGGUGGAAUACAACCAAACUUGUGUGUGUGGCCAAUCACACUCUGCCUCAACACGUGAGGUUUCAUUACGCCUUAGAGACGACGGCGGGAUUCAUUCUUCCUUACGCCAUCAUCAUAACUUGCUACGUCCUCAUCCUGAGACGCUUGAGGAACACUCAGUUCCGCCGAAAGGUCCGCAGCGAGAAACUCAUCCUGGCUAUUGUGGUGAUGUUUGGCCUUUUCUGGUUGCCGUACCACGUGAUCAACAUGUUACAGGUGGCAGCUCAGUGGUACCCCGAGGGCAGUGAUGCAAGAGAAACAUUGGACAAGAUCUCUUCGAACAGCCGUGCAGUGACUUCGGCUUUGGCCUUCAUUAGCAGCUGUGCCAAUCCCAUUCUCUACACCUUUGCUGGAAAGUCUUACAUCAGGCAGAACGGCUUUGCCUUCAUGGCUCGCCUCUUCGAGGGCACGUCCCUGGACCAAGCAAGACCCAAAAAAAAUAAAGACACUGAGGGACUCAGUAAUGCUGACUCCACCAAUGGCGCAGGACCUCCUCUCAUUUCAGCCAAAAUGGCAGAAAAGCAUUGAAUAAACAUUGUGUAUACAAAUUAGCUGACAGUUAAAUUUUGUUU